AUGAGCUCUGCCAAUUCUCUUCCUUCCGGAACCUAUGUGAUCCACAGUGUAGAAGACCCGAAGAAAGACGAAAGGCUCAUUAUGACCGUGGACCCCGACGGUUCCGGUGAUCCAGUCAAGACUGAGAAGGAUAAGCUGUACAAGGCUGCGGAUCAGGACUUUUUCGCCGUUACAAAAAAGGCUACUGUCCACCUUAAAAACAAGGUUGAAAGGGUAGUCUCAGUCCGAUACAGCUCAGCGUUUCAACAUUUCUCCAGUCAUUUAUCAAAGUACAGUUUACUACGACUUUCCUCCGCGACAAGCACUUAUUUCACGGGUGAUCCGGAUGGGAAACUUCUCCCUCGAUUCGGUCUGUCAACCGACUUCACAUGGGAUCAAUUAUGGGAGGGCAUAGACGACCUCAACGCGAACGCUCAAGGAGCAACUUUCUACAAGUUGAUCUUCUUUGGUCGGCAUGGCCACAAUGAGCAUGACCUCAAGAAGGCACUGACGGAAAAAUACCGUCAGGGGACAGGCGACAAAAACGGCCCCGUCCCGGUAAAUUACUAUGACGGAUUCGACGCGGCGUCGAGCCAAAAAGGGUGCAUCCAAGCUGCGUUGGUCCGGGACGUAUGGGAUAGCGCGCGCUCUGAGGAUCCAGAAAUCGGUCUACCCCAACUUUCACUUCGUAGCCCGACGAGAAGGGCUCUGACUACGAAUACCAUCACAUUCAGCAGAGAAUUAUCGGUCGACGACCCGCCUACUCCAAACAUGAUCACAUUGGUCGUCGAGAAUUGUCAUAAUUCUGAAAAUCGACACCCCAAGGGCUGGAUUUCCGAAAUGUUCUCCAAUUACCAGAUAGAGGACAGCUUCACGGAAGCGGAUGAACUAUGGAACCCCAAUCUCGAGGAGACUUUCCCUCGCUUCAGGGCAAGGGCAAGGAAUGUUUUGGACCGCAUUUUUGCACAGGAAAACGCUGCCGUAAAAUCAUGA